GUCCAACUUUAAUUAUCCACUACUAGAUUUCAAGAUUUUUAACAUUAUUUAUUAAUGUUAACUCAAUCUACAUAAAUAUGUGGCUGUAUUCUAUAUUUUAAUUUUCGUACUCUCCGGAGCAUUAUCGUUGAAAUAUGAACGAAAAAAUGUGUAAGAUUAUUGUAUAUAAAAAUGUGUAAUUAUUAUUUUCUAUGUAAUAAAGUGAUAUAAACAUGAACCACAGCAAAUGAUCUAUUCGCAUAAAAAAUAAACUAUAGUAAACAUGAAUAAAAAUAUGAAUUCCCCAUCAAAACUCACAGAAUUUGCACCAUUAAGUCCCGAGGAGAGUAAACCUGUUGUUGUAUCUAUAUUCAACAAAAUAUUUAACCUCACCAAAAUUUCAAUUGCAAGUAAGGAUCGAACUACUAAUUCCAAUAACGAUAUUCAGAAUUUAUCAGAAGAUUCUGAAUCAUGUAAGCAAUUAAGAAGUAAAGAAAAAUUACCUUCAGAGGAAUCUACUGGUACAAGGUUUUCAGUUGAUGCAAGUGAAGGUCGAAGUCUACCAAAUGUUUUGAAAAGGAUUAGUAAUAUCGUGGCUUUAAAAAAUAAUAAUCUUAAAUCUUAUAAAGAUUCACAACUCAGAAGUUAUUGGAUGCCUGACAGUGUCAGUAAGCAAUGCUAUGAAUGCGGUGAAAGAUUUACAACAUUCAAAAGAAGACACCAUUGCAGAGUUUGUGGACAAAUUUUUUGUUCAAAAUGUUGCUGUGAUGAAAUUCCAGGAAAAAUUAUGGGAUGUAUUGGAGAUUUAAGAGUUUGUACUUAUUGCUGUAAAGUAGUUUUAUCAUAUUUACAAUCUUCAGAUAUUGGAAGUGUUCUUUCUGCAGAUUUAAAAGCUUUACAAGAAGAUUUAGAAGAAAAAUAUGGUAAUAAUUUGCCACAACAAAAAUGUGCUAAUGAAAUAUUAGAAAAUGAAAAACUUGCUCGCCGAAAACUAAGUGUUGGCUAUAUGGAAGAAAAAUAUGCUUUUGGACGAUCAUCACAAAAUUAUGUAAUAUCUCAAGAACGAACGUUUGCUUUACAAAAUUCAUCAUCACUACGAAUGAUUUAUGAAGAAAUGUUUCAUUCUAAUCAAGCAAUUAAUUUGCAAACUCAUAGAAUUCGUUUAAAUCGUUAUUAUAAUUGCUUUUUUGGUAAUGAAUUAGUAAAUUGGAUGAUAACUCAAAAAAAAGCCACUACUAGAAUCCAAGCAACUGCAAUAGGACAGGCUCUGUUUGAAGUUGGUUUUAUUGAAUCUGUUCUAUUAGAUAAUGUUUUUUGUGAUUCUACUACAUUAUUCAAACCUGUAAGACUAUCCCAAGUACAAUGCAAACAUGUUUUGAUUGAAAGCCAAACUUCCUGUGAUGCACAAGAACCUGCUUGGGUUAAAACAAUUCCACAACAUGAUUUAAAUACUCAUUCUGAAAAGGAAAGUAAGCAAUUAACUGGAAUAUCCACUUGUAUUUCAUCAUCUUGUUCAAGUUUUUAUCUGGAUUUAAAUAUUGAGGCUUCGACUGUUACUCUUAAAAGACCAAUAUCUGUAGAUAGAAUAUCUUCUUCAAUUGACUGCAAUGAUCAAUUAAUGGAGCAAAAAAAAAUUAAUUAUAUAAAAGAAAGCAAUUCAGAAGAUGUUUUAAAUGAUACACUUCUAGUUCAAGAAAUAAAAAAUAGAGAAGCAUGGCAUCAAACGACGAAUUUAAAGAAUGGUUAUGGUGAAUCCAAUAUUUACAAUAGUCUAUUAUUUGCAUACAAGCAGCAUGAAGAUUCUCUUCUUCGACAGCUUCUUAACACAGAAGGCUUACAACAAAAUUGGUCUAAAGUUAUUCUUGAAAUAGUUCAUCAAAUAGUGGAUCAUGUGAGUCCUGAUCUCCAUCACGACGUUGAUGAUAUGGACAUUAGACAAUAUGUACAAAUUAAAAAAUCUCCUGGUGGUAAUAAAAAUGAUUGCGAGAUUGUAUCUGGAAUUGUGUGCAGUAAAAAUGUUGCUCAUAAAGGAAUGAAUGCUAUGAUUGCAAAUCCUAAGAUUUUGUUACUUCAUUGUGGUCUUAUGUAUCAGAGGGUUGAAGGAAAACUGCUUAGUUUAGAACCUGUAAUGUUACAAGAAAAUGAAUAUUUGGGACAUGCAGUGGCAAGAAUAACUGCUUUAGGUCCUGAUAUAGUUUUAGCACAUCGAUCUGUAUCCAGAUUAGCUCAAGAUAGACUAAGAGAAAGUGGUGUAACUUUAGUAUUAAAUGUAAAACUCACUAUACUUGAGAGAUUAGCAAGAUGCACUGGUGCUAAUAUUAUUGAUACUAUUGACGCUCAUAUAUCUGCAAGAUAUAAGCUUGGAACAUGUAAAAAAUUUUAUUUAAGGAACUUCCCUAGUAAUACAACUGGCAUGAAAACAUUAAUGUAUUUUGAGGGAUGUGCCAAGCCUCAUCUUGGCGCAACAAUACUGCUUCGUGGUGAUUCACAAACUGAAUUAAGAAAAGUAAAAAAAGUGACAUCGACAAUGAUCUUUGCAGCAUAUUCAAAUCGCCUUGAAAAGUCCUUUCUAGUAGAUGAAUUUGCAAGACCACCAUCGCCCAAAAAUAAUUCUUUCUUAGAUGAAACAUCUCAACAUACUUCACCGAACAAAACUGAAGUGUCUACAAGUAGCCAAAAAAAUCAAAAAGAUGAUGUGAUUAUUCUUGAAAAAACGUUUGAGAAUGAUGAAAGUAUCUCAGAUGACCAAGAGAAUUUUGAAGCUCUUUUACCAAUAUAUAAAAGUACACCUGUGAAAAAUAAUAAUAAUGAAGAUGAAGCAAAUAUUGAAAAUGUUAGUAAUAAAAAAAAUUUCAAUCAAGUUUCUGCAUCAUUAAUCAAAGCUAUCAAUUCUUAUGAUGCAAUUAAGUUAUUUAAAACUAAAUCAAAAUUAAAUUUUGAAGAAUCAAAAAUUAAUAAUAAAUCAAAUAUACCGAAAGUUUUGACAAUACCUCAAGCUAUAAGCAAUGAUAUAUCAAGUUUUGAUAUAUCCUCUGAUUGCAAUUGCACCUAUGAAUUCUUUGGUAAGGAUAGUAGCUUCUACAGCAAUGACGAUCAAUUGGAAAAUCUCGAGGUCAAUAAUAGACACAAGUUAAUGUCAGACGAGAAACGCGUAUGUGGUGAGUCAGUGAGCGAUAAGAGUGAUCCAUUGCAUCAAUACUUAAAUGAAGAUGAUGAAGAGGUAUUUCUCAGAGCUAGUCCAAAUGGACAAUGUCUCAAUGUAGCAGAUUUACCCUUACUCAACAAAUUCAAGAAGGCACUAGAGGGUACAAUUCUUAGCAUCUCACCAUACAUGAAGUUCUCUAUACCAUACCUAGAAACUGAGACAGGCAGAAAUUGUGUGCUCAGAAGUUUUUUUCCCACAGAACUCUAUUAUUCAACAUAUUUUUCUGAAAAAAUUGAAAGAGCAAAAUUGAACAAUUCUAUUGGAGAAGUUUCAAAGAUUGACUAUUCUGCAAAGAAUGUAACAUUCAAACCAGAACAUCCUUUCAUACAGACAAAAUUAACAAUGAAUGCAGAUAGUCGCGAAGUACAAACAUUGAUUUCCCAUUUUCGUGCGUGUGGAAGCCAACUAUUACCCAUGGACAAUGUAUCUCAAGAAAGGAAGCAAAUCUUACAUCAAAAUAAACCAAUGGAUCAAAUAAUAUGGCCUGAUUGUUUAGAUUCAGCAAGUCACCAAGGGUUGUCAGUUCUAUUUUGUAGUUUUCUUCACAACAACAAUACUAACAAUGCUCCAGCGUUUUGUGUGAAUCCAUGGGUGGUAAAUAUGGAUCUGUAUGGACGUAACGAUAUAGCAUUGGGCCGUUUCUUGGAGCGUUAUUGUUUGACAACAGAAUAUAAAUGUCCAGCUCAAAAUUGCAGAGCACAAAUAGUACAACACGUACGACGUUUUGCCCACGACGGUGGUUGUGUACACAUAAGCCUUUAUGAGAUGAGUGCCAAUCCAUUCGGUAAUAUAGGCCAAGAAAGCUCGAAUCAGAUAUUUAUGUGGAGUAAGUGUAACAAAUGUAAGAAGGUUUCUCCAGUUGUUCCGAUUUCUGAUGACACCUGGUCUCUGUCAUUUGCAAAAUAUUUAGAGCUACGAUUUCAUGGUGGUGUAUAUACUCGACACGAUACCGAGAAUUCGUGUCAACAUUCACUUCAUCAUGAUCACCAGCAGUAUUUCUCGAAGAAUAAUAUGCUUGCAGUUAUGAGGUAUAGCAAGAUCUCGUUAUGGGAAAUUUCUCUACCACCACCACUCAUCUCUGUUAUCUAUGAUCCUUACAUGCACACCCACGUAAUUGAAGAAAUAAAAGUGUUAACGCUUAAGGGUGAUGAAGUAUUUUCUAAUAUCAGAGAAAAGAUCGGUAACGUGCAAGAUGAAUCAAUAAUGAAUGUAAUGAAAGUACAAUUUGCUAAAGAUCAACAAUAUUUCAAAAACAAAAUUGAAGAGCUGCAAUUAAUCGCUACUUCAUCUUCCCCAGAGAACAACGAAAUUUUAAGUAAACAAUUAGAUAAUGAUGCACGUAAUUUCAUAUACAGAAUUGAGGAUGGCCUUGUGAUACUUCAACGUCUGAUAUCUGAUGCAGUGUUUAACUGGAAUGUUAGAUUCGCUGAAACAAAUUCCAAAAAGAAAGACGAGCGUCAAAGUCGCAAACAAUCUGAGCGUAGUUACAUCGCUAAUAACACUAAUGGUAACGUCAGCGAAAUAAUAGAUAGCGAUGGUUACAUUACCGAAGGCAUAGCAUUAGAAUCUCAAAUUGAGGGCCCAAAUCCUAUAUUAGCAGAUUACAAUGCCGUUGAUGCUAUUACAUCAAUACAAACAGAAAAACAAAUUGCUGAAUUAACAGUCAUGGAGAAUUCGAUUGAUAAUAUGCCAAAAGUACCCAUCAUCACCAAUCCAGAGGAAAUUGUCAUAAUUCAAGGUUCACCAAAAAUUCAUCAAAAAUCAUUUUCUGAUAUAUUGGCUUCAAAUUUGGAAGAAUUACCUGACAAAAAGAAAAAAAAGAAAACUAUUUUAUCUCAGUUGUUGCCAUCAACACCUAUAAUAAAUAUUAUACCAAAUCCACUUGGACCUCUGGAACAUCACUUACUACCACUCGGAUCAGUUGUGCCAAUUGUUGUGAACGAAGCAGAGCCAUCCUCUAUCAUAGCUUAUGCUCUGGAUUCACAUGAUUAUAAACAUGUGCUGCAGGAACAGUUGCGAAGUAUAAAGGGCUCAGAAUUCAUUUCAAGUCCACUUAAUAGAAGAAAGUUACAAGAAAAUAGGGAAAAUAUCAGCCCAAUGGAAAUAGAUAAAGUGGUUCAAGCUGUUGAAACAAUCGUCAAUGUAAAUAAUACUGAAAUUGAUGAAGAGAAAAAAGUUGCUAAACAGCUACAAAAUUAUAUAGAAGUUCAAUUUACAGACUCUACUACUAAUUUUUAUUGCAGAAUAUACUUUGCAGCACAAUUUGCUACUUUAAGAGAAAAUAUUUUAUCUUAUGGAGAAGAAGGAUACAUUAGAAGUUUAAGUCAUAGUAUUCAGUGGGCUGCUCGAGGUGGAAAAAGUGGAAGUGCUUUUUGUAAAACAAGAGAUGAUAGAUUUGUUUUGAAAGAAAUGACUCGUAUGGAUGUGCAAAUUUUCCUGGAUUUUGCUCCAAAUUAUUUUGCUUACAUGGAUAAAUGUCAAAAAGCUAAACAACCUACGUUGCUAGGAAAAAUAGUUGGAAUUUAUCGUGUAUCUUUCAAAAAUAAUACAACUAAUGCUGCACUCCGUACAAGUGUACUUGUUAUGGAAAAUUUAUUUUAUAACAGAAGUAUCACUGACAAAUUCGAUUUGAAAGGUUCGGUCAGAAAUAGACUAGUAAACUUGGAUGAUGUUGAUCAUGAAGGGGAAUUAGUUUUAUUAGAUGAAAAUUUAUUAAAUAUGAGCUGUGACUCGCCUUUAUAUAUACGACCACAUGCCAAGGACGUUUUAAACAAAGCUAUUGAAGAAGAUACUAAAUUCUUAGCAGAUAACUGUGUAAUGGAUUAUUCACUAUUGGUAGGCCUCGAGCCAAAUUCAGAUGAACUUGUGUUGGGCAUAAUUGAUUAUUUACGAACCUUUACGUGGGAUAAAAAGAUAGAAACCAUCGUGAAAAAAUCCGGAAUUUUAGGAGGUCAAGGCAAAUUGCCGACAAUUGUCUCGCCUGUAGAAUACCGUGCGCGCUUCAUUGCCGCAAUGCAUAAAUAUUUCCUGCCAGUACCCGAUAGAUGGACUGGUCUUAGUCGUGGUGUCAUCACAACGUAAAAUGAAAAAUAGUAUAUUUGAAAUGUGGAACAUCUGAUGAUAGAAUAUAAAACCAGUAUUAUUAAAAUAUAUUUUUAUAAAAUAAUGAAAAUACUUUUGGUUAUAAGUUGGUGUAAAUUACUUCCAGAAAAUAAUCGUUGUUUUAUUUAUUCAAAAAUU